GUUCAUUGCAGGAACUCCGAUGUUAUAUAUUCUUUAUUCUCCAACCUUGAAAAUAAAAGUGUUAUGGGGGUUUAAAAUAAAAUUUGUUUUGCACUGUUUAUUUUUGUGUUAUUUUGUUCCGAGAGAUAGAGAACCUUUCGAUUAUCUAUGUAGAUAGAAGCAGGCAUGAUUUUCUAUUCUAGCCUGGAGCUAACCUCUGUCAGCUGCAAAACCCCCUCCAGCUCUGAUGUUCUUCAUAUCCUUACAUGUUUCAACACUCCCACCAUUUUUUCCCAGGUAAAACAUGGCAAGAGCAUUGAUAUUUUUAUUGCAUUUCAUCUAAAUAACCUCUGGAAAUGUGAAGUCAUGCUUUCUGUAGAUGAGCAACUUGUGUUUCUUAAGGGAGUGUUUUUAUCUUAUUUUUUUUUCUUCUUUCCUCUGAAUGUCUACACAGGAAAUGGACGGUUAAUGAGAGAGUGGCUGAGGGGCUAUGAAUGGAUUGUCUCCACAUGCGGGGUAACCAGGUGUACACUGAAGUAGGUGCUGCUCAACACCGGGCCCUGCCCAUCUUCCUGGCCUCGCGCCCACGCCCCGUGGGCCCUCUGCCCUAAUGAGCUGCUGUUCGGGUCGCUGUGCUGUGGACACGAGCGCCUCCUCACGUAGCUGACAUGGUUCCCACACCUAGAAUUGUUUCCGCCGUUACUUUCUUUUUCCCUUUCUGCCCAAACUCUACCACCCGCACUUGUAGAAAUUUCCCUUUAGUCAUUACACCCAACACAAAUGUCACUUCUUCCAGGCAGUUCUCCAGUUGGGAGUGAUACUCAUUUAUUAUCUAUUUUUUGCACCAUUUCUAGCGUUGCUAGUACCCAGUGUUUGGAAUUGCUGUUACCAGUCCGUCAUCUGUCUGUAUCUGUCUCGCCUAUCAAUUAGCGAUCUAUCAAUCAUCCAUCAAUUAUCUAUCUAGCUGUCAUCUCUCUCCCUUUCAUUAGAUCAUAAGCAACUUGAGGUUCGUAGCUUGGUCCUGAAGAGAGAGGUCCUUGAUUCAAGGGUGGGGCUGAGGUCAGAGCAUGGGGCCAGGACAGGGCUGUGUCCAGUCCCAGGGUCUCCAGGGAGCUGCUCUGGCUUAUCAUCCAGGUAAAAGCACCAGGCCUGCGGUGACCUGGGGUGGGGCAGGGGGUGCAGAGGCAGGCGGAACCCAGGUCCACAGCGUGUGGGACCAGCUGGGCUGUGUUGGGAGCAACACUCCGGUGUGGGAAGGAGCGGGUGACCCGGCGUCCCGGCGCUGGCGGCCUCGUGGCCCGCCCCUUGGGGCAGCUCAGGGCGUUGGGGGCUCCCGUCCAUGCCCGGCCAGGGCUCCCCUGCGCCCAGCAGCUGCCUCUCAGCUGCGGCUCCCGGAGGCUUGGUCUGCGCUGGGCGAGGGGCUGGGGUUGCAGCCGAGGCUCCGCAUCCGCUCUUCGCCUUCCCCGGCCGUGGGGCUUCUGAGAGCUCGGGCCCCGCAUGGUCCUUGGAGCCUCUGUCCCGCUGUUACGUUUGUUCAGCUGGACCAGCACGUUCGUCUCUAAGAUGGACUGUCACCGCUCAUCACCGCACCUCACUGCUCGUCACCAUGAUACCUGACGAGUCCUCAGGUUGCAGCUGCCCGUAUCUAGCAGUGAAAAUCACCCCCGCCAUCCCCGUGGUUGGUGGCAUCCUAUUCUUCUUUGUGAUGGGGACCCUGCUGCGCACCAGUUUCAGUGACCCCGGAGUCCUUCCGCGAGCCACGCCUGAUGAAGCCGCCGACCUGGAAAGGCAAAUAGAUAUUGCAAAUGGCACCAGUUCAGGGGGGUACCGCCCACCUCCCAGAACCAAAGAAGUCAUCAUCAAUGGCCAGACUGUGAAACUUAAAUAUUGUUUCACCUGCAAGAUUUUCCGGCCCCCUCGUGCCUCUCAUUGUAGCCUUUGCGAUAACUGCGUAGAACGGUUUGAUCACCACUGUCCCUGGGUAGGCAACUGUGUGGGGAAAAGAAACUACAGAUUUUUUUAUAUGUUUAUUUUAUCUCUGUCUUUCCUGACAGUCUUUAUAUUUGCAUUCGUUAUCACCCACGUCACUCUUCGUUCACAGCAAGCGGGAUUCCUAAACGCCCUCAAGGACAGUCCUGCAAGCGUGCUGGAGGCCGUGGUCUGCUUCUUCUCCGUCUGGUCCAUCGUGGGGCUCUCGGGUUUCCACACGUACCUGAUCAGCUCCAACCAGACCACGAAUGAAGACAUUAAAGGAUCUUGGUCGAAUAAAAGAGGUAAAGAAAAUUACAACCCCUACAGCUACGGAAAUAUCUUUACAAAUUGCUGUGUUGCCCUGUGUGGGCCCAUCUCUCCAAGCCUCAUUGACAGAAGAGGGUACAUCCAGCCUGACACACCGCAGCCGGCCGCGCCCUCCAACGGGAUGGCAGCGUACGGGGCCACACAGUCCCAGAGCGACAUGGCUGCCCUUUAUAGAUGUCCCAACCAAGACCAAAUAAGCCAGCACAUCAUGAUCAGCCAUGCCUGGCCAGAAGGAACCCCAAACCUUUCUGGUUUUCUAGCCUCUGAUGCAGCAGUAGACACCUGGGCCAUCCACCUCUGCUUCUUUGAAAGCCUGCGUCACCUCUAAGAGCAGUUGCUCUGUGCUUUGCCAAGCAGUCCACCAUCUCCCUCCUGAUUGAUUGAUUGAUAUCACUCUUUACAUAUUGUUUGAGAUCACAACAAUAAAAAAAAAAGUUCUUGCAUUCCAACCCCAGUUGGACAGAUGUGAAAACAAAUGCACAAAUCCUUUCAUACUGAAUUUGUCACAAUCACAAGGUGACUUUCAGGCAGUUCUAAUCACGGGACCAGUUCAUUUAAUGUAGAAUUGUCCUGUGGUCAAGUGGAUCUCUGCUGGCGUCUGUCACGCCGUGCAGUUGGCAGAGUGUUGGUAAUCUUGAUGCUCUUAGUACAAGGGUCAUCUCGGCUAAUCCCCACAACAACCUGCAAGAGAUCCCCAUUUUCCAAAGGAUGGAGCUGAGGUUUUAAGACACGAGUCACACAAUUCGGGAUUUAAGGCCUGAGUGCUUUCCACUGCAUGCCGUAUUUCAAUUUUAAAAGGCUUCAAGUUGGUGUCAGCUGAACAUCCUCCAAUCUGGCCCUUCUAUCUGGGAGUUGAGUUCACUCCCAUCCAGUGGGCCUUGGCCUUGAAUGCACAUUAGAAUCACAGUACUGAUGUCCUGAGCCCACUUAAGCCCAAAUCCCUGGGUGGGGCCCCCCACAUUGGUCCCACAAACAAUUUUAACCAUCAGCAGCUUUGGCAACUGUUACCAUGGUCUCCAAAUUCUUUUGCAAUCUCCAAAAUUUUGGAUGAAAAUUUUGAGCUGUAUUUUGCUUUGACACAAAGAGAGUUUCUUUGAUCCUGAAAAACCUUAGAUCCAUUUGGCUCAACUAAGACGUGAUCUAUUCAGAGACCGAGGUGUGUGGAGGAUUCCUACAGAAUGUUCUAGGAUGUGCAAGGCCGGGGCUGUAGGAACUCCAAAAAGGUGUACUCAGGUUUCAGGCAAAGCUUCCUGGAGGAGAGCCAUCUGAGCUAAGUAUUAGAAUAUUUAAGUUACAGUGAAUUAGCCACCCAAAGGUGGAAGGGCUCUUCCAGCAGAGCAAACGCAGGUGUGCCUGUGAGGGUGGGGGUAGGGGUGAAACUGGACGCCUGUGCAAGAGUGAGAACUGUCACUGGAGUGUCACUUGCACAGCAGGCACUGGAGGAACUAAGGAAGGAGAGGAAGCCCAUGAAGGGCUUUGGGUGCUUUAUAACCAGCGUGGAUUUUGCCCCGUACGUGACAUGAGCCAUUGCAGAGGCUCAGAUGGAUGAGUCAGGCCACCUGAUUUCCUUCAGGGUGAAUGAGGCUGGCAGCAGUGGAGGAGGCUCAGGAGGCGGCGUGGGCGUGGAGAGAGGCAUGCAGGCGUGGAGGCGGGAAGAGCAGCCGAAGGCACUCACAGCAGGCCUGGUGACAGAGGGGCUGGCCAGAAUGGCAGACAUGGGCUCAGAAACGAGGCGACCACAGUCCAAGGCUUGGAGAUGGAGACCAUGUGGAAGCCGGGGGAGGGGGCGGGGGUGGGGCGGGGGCAGGAAUGCCUCCUGCCUUUCGGCUUGGUGACAAGAUGACCAUACAAAUCACCAAGAGGAAAUGCAAAAAGAGGUGCCUGGAGGGAGACGCUGAUUUAAGUAUGUGGAAUUGGGGUACCCUUGGACUCCUGGGCAUAUGGGAAGUGCCCUGUAAGAAGCUAUGUAGAAAUCUCCGCACACUUAGAAAGGAAUGACAUGGUUGGUAGAAAUUCACUUUGAAAUAGGAGAGAUGAGCAUCAGUUUUAUUAGUUAUUGUAGAAGUAUCAGUCCAUCUGUCAUUUAAAAAAAAAAAACAAUAAGACCUGCUUAUGUUUGUCAUCUGAGAUAUUAAUCCGAUUUCAUCUCACAUGCUGGAAGAUUCUUCUUUGAAAUCAGCAUUUAUGAGCUUUUGCUAACUUUCUCUCCAUCUACCCCUGCCAGUUCUGCCCCCACCAGGUCAAAUCAAGUCAAAUUGGAUCCUAGUGAGGAUAAUAGAGUAAGGGAAUUCUUAAAGAUAAUGGAAGGAAAAGCUUUGCAAAUGGACAGAUAUAAGAACUGAACAUAGCAGGGAAAGGCAGAGGGCGCAGGACGUGGGGUCAGAGUGCCUGGGCCAGCUCUGACGCGAGGCUGUGUGAUCUCCCAAGUCACUUAAUCCAAAGAGCUUCAAGGGCCUCAACUGCAAAAUAAUCCAGAAGCAGGUAAUGGUGUUCAGAUCCCUUCCUUCACCACUUCAUAACAAAGGGUCUGGCACGGAGUCGGGCUGGUGAAACGUUCAGUGGAAGGUUUGUGAAUAUCCCGUCUCCCUAUCAAAACUGACUCUUAGGAAAAGAUCUGGUAGGACUCACCUAUGCCUUAAAGGAAAUUUAAGCCAAAUUCCAUGGAUAUAUGAAUUUUAGUUGUGAGUGAAAUACUUUACUCUCUAUUAAAAGCAUUUCAGGCAAUAAUAAUAAUAAUAACUGAGUGUUUGAUGCUAUUUGUUCAGCACUAUAUCCCCGUUAUCUCGACUAAUUCAGUAAGUGUUGGUUUCAGUAAGUGUCAGUUAAAUGAAAGAGGGAGAGAGAGAGAGAUUGACCACCACAUGCCAGGCCCUGGGCUACAUCAUUAUCUCAUUUAAUCCUCAUAAAAUCACCUGAUGUGGGUAUUCUAAUUGCACCAUUGAGGAGACUGAGAUUCAGGGAUGCUAAGUUUGUGACAAAGCUAACCAGUGACUGAGCGGAGAUUUUGUCCUUGGCAGUCUGACUCUAAGGAAAGUGCUUUUCUUAGCCUGGUGGGAAGGUCUUCUUAGGGAGUAGAGUGGCAUGCAGGCUCCGCCCAGGCUGAGGAAGUCACACCACCUGGGCCUUCUGUGCAGAAAGAUGAUUGAUUUGCCAUGGUGGGUCACAGAACCAGGCUGUGGAACUGAAAAUAACCUCUCCAUGAUCUAACCUGCAGCUGGACCAAGCAGAUAUCUAUGAAGCUUCAGUUUCUGCUCGGUUACAAAUAUUAAAGUGUUAACUAAUGAUGAGUUAACUCUUUUUUUUCUCUUCAAUUGCUCCCCUAGGCCCAAACCAUUCUAUAGCACUUUAGGGUUAAAGGUUUGUCCAGGUGGAAACAUCAGUACUCAAGUGAAUUAUUGACCAAAUCCAAAGGUGACCUCUACCAUUAAACUGCUCAGAAUUGAUUCAGUUUCUUGGAUCUGAAAGUUAUCAUUUUUUUUUCCAUCAAAUUGGGGCAUUUUGGCCAUUAUAUCUUUUUUUUUCUUUUUUCUUUUUUUUGCUUCAUCUAAUUUUCUCUUUUCCCAGAACUCCUGUUACUCAUGUGUUAAACCAUUUGAUAUUGCCCCAGAGGAUAAGUCCCUGAGACUGUACAUUUUUCUUUAAACUUUCUCUCUCAGUUCUUCAAAGUGGAUCAUUUCUUUUGAUCUGUCUUCAUGUUCACUUUUUCUUCUGCCUUCUCCAGUAUACUGUUAAGCUCAUCCAGAGAGUUUUUCACUUUGAUUGUUACAUUUUUUAGUUUUGGAAUUUUCAUUUGGUUCUUUUAAUUUCUCUGCUGAGUUUUAGUUCUCUACUGAGAUUCCCCAUCUAUUUACGUAUUGCAGCUAUAUUUUUCUAUAAUAUUUGAACAUUAUUGUAAUGCUUAAAGUCUUAUCUGCUAAGUCUUUAUCUGCUUAAAGUCUUUAUCUGCUAAGUAUAUCUGGGCUGUCUUGGCUUUGGUGUCUGUCCACCACUUUUUUUCUUAAUGCUAGGUUACAUUUUUUUCUAUCUAUUUUUACAUCUAUUGAUAUUUAAUUGACUACAUUUUGGAUAAUAUAUAGUAGAGACUAGAUUUUGUUAUCUCCUGAAGAGUGUUGAUCCUCGUUUAAUAGGCACUUCAGCUAAUGGCUAAUACAGAUUCAGCCACUUAAGCUUCCUUACCCUCUUAUCUCUGCUUUCUGUACUCAGUAGAAGUUAUUGGCAUUGUUCAGACCCUAGCCUAUAUCAUGGUCAGGAAAUUCCCCCCAAGGAAAGGGCUGGUUGACUGUGGGGCUCACCCUGUGAGUUUCCCUUCUCUCAGGAUUGCAGCCUUGCAUUGUCUGUUGUGCACUGUUGGAAGUGGUUUGUUUCACAUAUUUUGGGCAGUUUUAUAUACUUCUAUACAUAUUCCCCCAGUAUACAGAAGGAGUAGUUCAGUAGAGGUUUUCUACCAUUCUUGGGAAUAGAAGCCUUGUCUCUAUGAUUAGAGCACUCUUUGCAGCCAACAUUGCCAUAUUCCCCAGAAAAACAUUUUUGUUACCUUCUCUACCAACAGUAAAUACUGAAUAAGCCAUGGAACAUGAUUCCUCUGACCUAAAAGUGUUUCUAGUGCUCACAUUGAAGGAGGAGCAGUUGGAGACUUUAUACUUAGCACUAGACUUGGCAUGUUCAUUUGCAGAGGAAGGAAAGGCUGGAGAGAAAGCGAUUCUAUGUAUCUUGGGCCAGAUUUUUGUCUGUGAUAUUAUUUUAGAGUCUAGAUCAGAGAGUCAUUUCUCAAAUGAUAGGAAGAUUGCUCCCAGGGAAAUUGCAUUAUUUUAGAAAUUAGAGGUAAAGGCUUUAAGUCUUAGAUAAACAUUGAUAUUACAGCACAGAAAAAUUAGGUAAACAUUGACAGAUAGCCAUCAUCAAAGUACCCACUGAGGUCUUACUUAUUUUCUCAAAAAUGGGAAAAUUCGCUAUUAACUUACCAUCUCACAUAAUUGGACGAUGGGGAUGGAUAUUUAGUACCUACCUGAUCUUCCCUCUGUUACAGUUUCCAAGGAAGGAAAUUUUAGAAAAGUAAUGAAAUGACAUCUAAAGUGUUGAAAUGAUGCAUGUGACCGCAGUACAGCUGUUGUCAUAUGAACACCUAUGAAAUUCUGAGGAGCCAUGCUGGAAGUACAUACACAUAACCCCAGUGCCAACUGAAGAUCCUAUUUUCAUUAUUCCUAUUUUCCCCUGCUGUUAGUUUUAUGAUUACCUUAUGUUGACGUUCUUUCCAUGGCAAUAUGUGUAUGCACUGUCAUGACAUCCAGUUAUGGUCCAGUUUUUAGUGUACAUAUCUCAUUUGAUUGUCAGAUAAUUUAAGUUCUGUAUGACGUUGGAGUAAUAGUUUAUUUAAAUCUGGCACUUAUAGCUACAAAGAUCCUUUGGGAUCACAUGCUGAACACAGAGAUAGUAACAUAGUACAUAAUUGCUGGAUUUUAAAAAAAACCAAAAACAUUUGCUAUAUUUACUUAACCUCAUUUUAAAUCCCCUUAAUCCAAUAUCAAAACAAGAUUAAACCUAGCAGUCGCAUUAUUUAUUAGUUUCACAGAUAUUGCUUUGCGUAGUCUAAAAAAUCAAAUAUAAUAGAACAAAUAACUUGAACAAACAUAAACAAUAAUGUAAAACAAAAGAAUACAAAGGAAGCAUUCCUCCUAACCUACAGUUUAGGUAGAUUUUAGAAAUUUAUAGUGUUUUCAUUAUAGAAAAUGAGCAUUCGUAAGAACCCAGAACCAAGCUUCACAGCCAAACAGAAAUAACUGAUGCCCAGUGCCAACACUUUUGACAGAACUGGGGCAAAAGGAGUAAAUCAUUGCAUUCAUUCUUAUUUGUGUACAAGACCCUCUAGAAAACACCUUGCUUUGGUUUUAGCUGCAUUUAAUCUGUACACUAGGUUCAUUUCAGAUAAGAAGUCAGCUAGAGAAAAUAAAAUACAUUCCAACAUGAGCAAUUUUCUUUGAAAAUCUGUAGAAACAAAAAUAACUUAUCUCUUAUGGUAUUUUUAAAUUGUAACAUUAAGUGAUAAUGUGUGUAACAUCCAAACGUCUGACACCAUAAACUUCUCUGCAAGUUAAAUGCCAGUGCUUCAUUUGGGCAGUAAAUCAGCCAGCUGUCUCUGACUUACUGCAACCGCAGCAAAAGCUCCAGCACUCCAGACAGGAUUCCUUUUAUGCUGCCAGCAGAAGGACCUGUCCAUUGACAUCCCUACAAGCACUCACAGUUCUUUUCUAUCAGUCGUCAGCAUUGGGAUGAUUUCUGGCCUAAAAAAGGGCCAUUUCCUAUGGUUCAACCUCAUAUUUGAUAAACAUGAACCUGUGAAGUGUUUUGGCAUGAAAACAGGAGUUUCUCAAUUCCCUCUUCAAAGGGGUGGAUUUUCACUGUCUAAUAUCCAGCUGCUUGGUUGCCUCUCCUUAAGAUUCUAUAAAUGGUUAGAUACAUUGAAAUAUACACCCCAAGGCUUCUUGAAUUUCUUGCUGGCAUGGAAGCCCUGCUACCAAGCUCUGAGAGAAAAAAGUGAGCAGUAAGGUCUCCCCCUACUGGUUGAAAAGAAGAGUCCUCAAGUGAACAGCCCAGAGGGCGGGUUGGUGGCAUAAAAAGGUCAAAGUUAAGAGAGAGGCAGGAGGAAAAGGAGAGGAGGAAGAGGAAAGAGGGGGAAAGGAGGCGUGGGAGGGAAGCUGACGAAAGACAGGGUGAGAGGGAGUGAGGAGAGAACUGACGAGGCCAGAGAGGGAGAACACAAAGGAGGAAAACCAACAAGACCCGAGCACAUAAAAUUAGAAGCAAAAGGCAGAAAGGCAGAGGCGUAAGGACAUUUUCUUCAUGGGUCGUCUUCACAAUAACCCUGAAAAUAUCCUCGAAGUUCCCAUAUGGGGAUUGUGGUGUUUGAUCCAUCCGUCCUCCUCGGAAUUUUGGCAGCAUGCAAGAUGAGGGAAAGGCUGCCUUUUCUUUAAAUCAGAUAAUCUCAGCCAUUGAGUUUCUUCUGAGAAGUUAAAAUCAUGCAAAUUUAAUAUCAUGAGCCUUACAGAUUCCACUGGGUAGAACCCUUGCCUGCUCCAUGGUUAGAACCCAUUUUCGUGUCCUGUUAUGAAACAAUAGGACAUUUACACAGACCAUAUCCUGUGGAAGAAAGCCUGGUUCCUGAGCACCCUCAGAUGGGCUUGGUCUUCUGAAUAGAAAUCAGUUUGAAUGUGGGCAACUGUUUUCAAAGUUCUGGGUGGCAGCAGGAUUAGACCCUGAGGUUCCUGGUCCCAGCGAUGUGCUCACUGAUACACGUCUCGCCACAGGGUGAACUGGGGGAGGGGAUGCAGACAGAGUAGGUUCAUUAUUAAUAUGAAACAGUCCCAAAACAAGGGACAUAUCCACAGCCAUACUCCACAGUCCUCUUUUAACGUAUUUAAGCAAAUCCCUAUAGAAGAGGCGCUUGAAGUCAGAUAAUAUAAGUCAGCGUUCAAAAUAAUCAUUUGGAAAAGAUUUGUGGGUGACAUUUUUGAGUUUUUAAAGAUUAAAUGGCUUAGGCUAAAUGCCUUCUUUCACAUAUUUAAGUCCUUAAGCUUUCCCCAUGGGAAACGGGAGAGCAUUUUCAGUGGGGUCCUGCUGUGAGCCUGGGCACGGAUUUGCUACAGUUUUAGUGUGCUGUUUGUUUGGCUGCAGGAAAGCGCCAAGGGGUGUGUGCAGGAGCGGACCCAGGUUUGGAGGGGUCUGAGUGCUGCAAUUUGGAGCUCUCUUUAAGAAAAAGAUAACAAUAUGCAAAACAAAACAAUAAGCAAGGCCUUGGAGAACAGCAAGCAAAAGGCCCUGAACUGGACCUACCUAUCAAGGGCUGCCUGCCCAACACACAGAGAAGCCAAGACUAUGGCACCUGCUUUUGAGGAAAGAGAGGGCUCUACUGCAGGGUCCAUUCUCAAGGAAACAGGAAGCAGGACUCCAUCCGGGCUUUUGGGGUGAAAUUUAAGGGGUCGGGGGAAUUUGAAACUUGGAAGCUGAUUGGCUGGUUUUGAGUUAGUCAAUUUAAGCAACUGGGGCCACUGGAAGCCAGGUUUUCUUUAUUGAAAGACUUCUCGCUUCGUAAAGGGCUCCAGUGGCAGCACUUCUCUUUUUUGAGUUCCAUAAACCAAAGAUUCUUGGCUCUGGGGUCAUCCUGGAGACAAGAGUUCAGGCCUUGCACGUGUGCAGUGCUAUUUUUGUCGGUAACUUGUUUAAUUCAUCAACAACCUAUUUAAGGAGGCAAAACCAGUUAAGCUGGUGCUGUUGCCAUGCAGCACAGGGAUGCUUUAGGGUACAGUCUCAGAAGGCACCUCAAACUCCAUGUUACCCUCCCCAUGGACCUGAUCUCCAAGGAACUUAACAGGCCACUCUUGGCAGCCCUGUUCUCCCUGAAGGUUCUGGUGGGUACCACGGGGCACAGCUGCAGAGGCGUGACCAGGAAAGGGGAAAGGAUGCUACUGAGAGACCGAGGGAGGAAGAGCUAAGAGAGUGGGGGGCUCGCCCUUCCCCUUCUGCUUGUGCCACCUGACCUUGAAAGUCUCCUCCAGCUCUGACUGCUAACCUCUUUUUCUGUGAGUCUGGAAGAGCCCAUCAGAAGUGCUGGAGCUGAUCCCUAGAAGAGAAUUUGCAAUCAAUUUUCAAUUAAAAAAAAAAAAAAAAAAGGCUUUCUUCAAGUCAGCAGAGACAAGCAAUUCUAAUUUGCAGUUUCAUCUUUCCCCAGAACUGGGGUGCUGCGUGCACAGAGGUAUUAGGAUGAGUGAAAGCCCCAGAAGAAGAGCUGAGAACAGGCUUCCACCAUCUGGAAGGCACCUGAAGAGAGAGCUGGAGCUCUCUGCAGCGGUGGCGUCUGAACCCUGGGGUCAUAGGCAGGGGCGGCUCAGAGACUGUGCUGAGCUGCAGGAAGAGGGGCUGUCGCUGUCAGCCAGGACACUAAAUGGUGAUUUUCAUACGAUGUUCUUUGCAAGGCACAGUAUAUCCAAAGCCCUGGAUAGUUUCCAGAAGCUGCAUGUUUAAUGAGGAAGGUUGCUCUUCUCCGCCUCUGCUCUGUCAAGACUAAGCCGAUGUGCUGAACGGAGCUGACAGCGCUGGAGAGCAGGAGCGGACCAGAGCUGCCUGCAGCCCUGAAGGCCCCGCUGCUCUGCGUCCCCACCCCACCCCAGCAGGGGUCCCUGGCUGAGCUGAAAUUCCCCACCGGAGCAGAGCCCACUGCGAGGUUGCCCAUUGGAUGAGUACUGCUAGGGCGAAAGGUUCGGGUGGUGGUUGGGAAAAUGCAGACUUUAAAUGACGGUCGAUGCCUAACAAUCAGCCCCUUUCAGGCACUUUUUAAUGGCAUUUUUGUCUCAUCUGAGCAGCCUUCCACCCACUCCCAACCCUUUCUCAUCCUCCUCCUAGCUUCUCAGUGUUUUGAAGUUCCCUUGGCUGGAAUGAAGCCAUGAUGGAAACACUAGGAUCUUCUCUU